UGGUCAGUCGGAGUGAACAUUCAAUAAUGAGUGGUGCAGCAUUGGGACUCGAGAUUGUUUUUGUCUUUUUUCUGGCAUUAUUCCUACUUCAUCGAUACGGAGACUUUAAGAAACAGCAUAGACUUGUAAUUGUUGGAACGCUGCUAGCUUGGUAUCUCUGCUUUCUUAUUGUCUUCAUACUGCCUCUGGAUGUUAGUACGACAAUAUACAACCGGUGCAAGCAUGCUGCUGCAAACUCCAGCCCUCCCGAGAAUAACAGCACUACAGGAGUGUAUGCUGCUACCCCAGCUCCAAGCCAACAUCCCUGUUUUAAGCCAUGGAGUUACAUUCCUGAUGGAAUCAUGCCAAUUUUCUGGAGGGUGGUAUAUUGGACAUCGCAAUUUUUAACAUGGAUUCUGUUACCUUUCAUGCAGUCAUACGCAAGAUCAGGAGGGUUUUCUAUCACCGGAAAGAUCAAAACUGCACUGAUUGAGAAUGCAAUCUAUUAUGGCACCUAUUUGCUGAUUUUUGGAGCAUUUUUAAUUUAUGUAGCUGUAAACCCACAUUUGCACUUAGAAUGGAACCAGCUUCAGACAAUUGGGAUAGCUGCUGCAAAUACAUGGGGUCUAUUUCUUCUUGUGUUGUUGUUGGGGUAUGGCUUGGUGGAAAUUCCUCGGUCGUACUGGAAUGGAGCAAAAAGAGGAUAUCUACUUAUGAAAACUUAUUUUAAGGCAGCCAAGUUGAUGACAGAGAAAGCAGAUGCAGAAGAGGCUUUAGAAGAUGUCAUGGAGGAGGUUUGUAAAGUGAAUGGAAGCAUCAAGUAUAAUCACCCACUGAGAAAAUGUGUUGACACAAUACUUAAAAAGUGCCCUACGGAGUAUCAGGAAAAAAUGGGUAGGAACAUGGAUGAUUAUGAAGAUUUUGAUGAAAAGCAUAAUACCUACCCAAGUGAAAAAAGUCUGGUAAAACUACAUAAACAGGUGAUUUAUUCAGUUCAGAGGCACCGUCGAACUCAAGUACAAUGGCAAAUUCUUUUGGAACAAGCAUUUUAUCUGGAAGAUGUAGCAAAAAAUGAAACUAGUGCUACUCAUCAGUUUGUUCACACCUUUCAAUCACCAGACCCAGAAAAUAGAUUUACCCAACAUUUUUAUAGUCCUACAGUUGAAUGGUACUGGGAAUGUCUUUUGCGACCAUGGUUUUAUAGGAUACUUGCUGUGGUUUUGUCUAUCUUCUCUGUGAUUGUUGUGUGGUCAGAGUGCACAUUCUUUAGCACUACACCUGUUUUAUCCCUCUUUGCAGUCUUCAUACAGCUGGCUGAAAAAACAUACAAUUAUAUCUAUAUUGAGAUUGCUUGCUUCCUUUCCAUCUUCUUCCUAAGUAUCUGUGUUUAUUCUACUGUGUUCAGGAUUCGUGUAUUUAACUAUUAUUACUUGGCUUCACAUCACCAGACUGAUGCGUAUAGCCUUCUUUUCAGUGGCAUGUUAUUUUGCCGUUUGACUCCUCCUUUAUGUCUUAAUUUCUUGGGUUUGACCCAUAUGGAUUCAUCCAUUUCUCACCAGAAUACACAGCCAACUGCUUAUACAUCUAUUAUGGGUUCCAUGAAAGUUUUGUCCUUUAUUGCAGAUGGAUUCUAUAUAUAUUAUCCUAUGUUGGUGGUAAUUCUCUGCAUUGCUACUUAUUUUAGUUUGGGAACUCGUUGUUUGAAUCUACUUGGCUUCCAGCAGUUCAUGGGAGAUAAUGAUAUGACAUCAGACUUAGUUGAUGAAGGAAAGGAAUUAAUUAGACGAGAGAAGAGAAAAAGGCAAAGGCAAGAAGAAGGUGAAAAUCGAAGAAGAGAAUGGAAAGAACGCUAUGGACACAAUAGAGAAGAUUCUACUAGAAACAGAAAUGUUCAUAUUGAUCCAAAAGAGUCAAACUUCUCAGAUAUUAGUGCCAACCGCUCAGCAACCAAAUAUACCAGGGCUAAUAAUAGGACUGAAAGGGACCGAAUAGAACUCCUCCAAGAUGCAGAACCUUUGGAUUUUAAUGCAGCAACAUUCACCGAUGAUCCUCUUGAAUCUGAAUCAGGAAGGUACCAGCCUGGUGGACGAUACCUCUCGAUGUCUCACUGCAGAAUAUUUGAUGAUGUUUAAUGUCUGAAAGAAUUUAUAGAAUAACCGAGAUCAACACAUCAGUUCAGUCUUUAUGAACAUCUCUAUGUCCUAGUGUUUACACUUUGCUCUCAGUGAAAAGUGUCAGGAUGAAAAAGGCACUGAAAAUUAAUCACGUCUUAGUAAUAGUUUAUUGUUCGUUAAAUAAGGUAUCACCUUUUCUAAUAGGAUUUAUUACAUACCAUUCCUGAAGUGUCUGCCUUAGAGUGGAAGGAUUUAAUUCAUGAUAAAGAUCCGAAUUAUAUGUUGAGAACAUAUAAUUCAGUUUGUUUCAGAUUAAUUUUUUUCAGGAAAGUUGUUUUAAAGGUCCAAGGAAGCCAUAAGUCAUACCUAAAUAAUAUUAUACAGUUUUGUUAUUGUGAUUCACAUUUUUGUUGUUUCUAAAGAAUAUGUUAAUCCUGUAUUUCCCAAAGAAAUGGAGACCUCAAAUAAUAACCCUAUUUACAAAACCUAUGUCUUAAAACGAGGCUUACUUACCAGAUGUAACUGAAUGUAAGAAAGCUCUUUUUCAACUCUGUAUGCAAAUUAGUGAGGUUUUUGCAUGUAUAAUUAAGAUUCUACUUCAACUGACUGUUAGUGUCUUUAGCAUGUGUAUUAAAAUUGGGUGAUGUGUUAUUCUUUCAGUCUUGGGUAGUAACUGGAAGUUGUUUUAUGCUUUCGGUAUUGCUUUGUAAAAGAUUUUCAUUUCAGAGAGAAAUGUUCACCUUUAUUAUUUGUCAUAUUGAUUUAAGUGUUGAUCAUUCUAUUCAAGGAGAAUCCUAAGCAUUAGUGGUAAACAGUGGGGUUUUUUUUUAGUAGUCAGAGUCCCACAAAAUUCUCUAAUUUUUAAAGGUGCCUAUUUAUGCCUUUUGAAAAAGAACAUCUGGUUAUUCAAAGGUAAAAAGUAAAUCCAUUUACUGUAUUACUAACACUUAAAUUGUGGUUUAUAGAAAACAGAACACUAUAUUAGAAUGGAAAUGUAUAAUAACUUGUUGGUUAGACAUGCUAAUUACUUUAAAUUGAUUUUUUUAACCUUUGUGUUUAAGCCAAAGUUAGGUAUUAUAUUUUAAGUCAUCAGUAUUUUAUUGCACAGUGAAUAUAUUUGAGCACAGCAUGCUUGCAGAGAGUUUUUUGUGUCCCUGAAAUGUUUGCAACUCUUAGAGAAUCUAUGCUGUGGGUUCACCCAAUAGUGACUAUACUUAAGCUUGCCCAUGACAGUCUCACUUUAACAUCUGUUAUCCUGUGUAAUUUUUAAUAAUGCUCACUUUCAUUCUUAAAUAUCCCAGUUGAAGAUGAAUUAUAUCAUCACCCUAAUAAUAUAAUUAUAUGUUUCUUGAAGGUAAUGUUUCCCUGAAUCAUAAUUUUAAAUUUUUCAUUUUUCUCUUUACUUAGUGUUGUCAUGUAAAAUUUUUAAAGACACAGUUCUCUGCAGAUACUAAAAGGAAUAGUGUAUCAUCCUAAUUAUCUAAUUUUCUUCACUUUUUAUGAUCUUUGAGAUUAGAUCUCCUUUAAAAUAAUUAUCAAAGGAUAAAUUUUACUUUCAAUUGAAGGUCAUGUAGACUGGCCAUUUGAGGACACACACACACACACACACAGACAUGUACACAUACACACACACAGCCACAGCCUUUUAUAGCCUUUUAUUGUGAAGUGUGGUUAGAGAGCAAAAGGCCAGGAGUAGAGGUAAUUUAAUACAGUUUGUAAUUUCAUGAUUGACCAUCAAAUACCUUGAGCAAAUCAUGUAACCUUUCAGUGCCUCAGUUUCUUUGUUUGUGAAAUGAAGAUGAUACUUGCUAUUUACCUACUGAUCUACCUCACAAAGCUGUUGUGAGGAUUUUGAGUUGAUGUUUAUAUACUGGACUUUAAAAAGACAAAAGAAGUUGUUAGCUACGCUGUUUGCCUAGCGAUAGCUGAAGGUGUUGGAUGGGGAAACGAUCACCCCAGAAAGGGGUCAGGUUUCUUAUUAUUACAGAGAAGCUUACAAGUCCCCAGUGCAAAAACUCUUUUUGCAGUAAUUUAUCAAAAGUCCUGUACAAAUAGUAUUGUUUUAUUGUUUAGUCUUUGGGUUUACUUUGGAAUAUUUUCCUAAAGUAUAAUGUUGUUUCUCAUCAGUUUUGUCAUGAAACUCAGAUUCUCUUGUAGAAGUAGAAGCAGAAAAAGAGAAGAAAUUAUCUAAUUACUUUUAUGGCUUGUAAUAUCCUAAGAUAAAUUGAUAGGAAUGUGUAAGGAAUAUACUACUUUCCUUUAUUAUUAAAAUUUUUAUGAUUAUAAUUGAAGUAUAUCUAAUAGUUCACAAACAAUAUAGAUCCCUUUAUGACUUUUGAGUUAUUUCCAAAAUAAUUUUUGGUUGUUUAAGUGAUCUGGAGUAUUCAGCUUUUUAAGCAGAAUUUAUCUUACAGGAUUUUAUACACGAUCAUAUAGGAAGGUCACCUGGCUAGGUAAAUUUGAGUUCAGAAGGUAAUAAUUUAAUCCCUGAAGACUAAGGUUAUUACUGGGAACUAAGUUAAUAUUUGUUAAGCCACUUUGUGUAGAAAACUGUAGUAAGAACAAAAGGUUUCUGUUUUGAGAAGUUUGUUAAAAUGUAAUGACACCUACUGCAAAACAGUACUACUGAAUUCAUACACUUCACGUGCAAAGUACAUUUCUUGAAGAAUUAGUUCUAGCAGUUACCUUUUGAUGUCUUUCUUACAUAAUAAUAAAUAUAUGAUUAAAUUUUCUAAAUUAGUUUUUAAAAUAAUUAAGAUAUUCAGUAAGCCAGUAAUUCACAAUAACCAUUACAAGAAGUAAUAAUAAUCUAUUAAUUUCAUGAAUCACCUAUAAGUUGCUAAUUAACCUUUGUUAUUACAUCAAUAAUUUGUUACUAUCAAUAGAGCAUUUCUAUAAAAAUAAUUAUUAAAAUAAGAAAUAAAGUAUAAGCCUUAUUAGAAUUUGCUCUCUUACCAAGUGAAUACAAGGGCUUUGGAAUAAUUUCAUUACACAAGUGGCCCUCAUUUCACAAGAGUGGUAAGAGCUAAAUCAAAACAUUCAAGAGUUUUCCAUCUAUAAAGAAUAGAUCAGAGAAUGACAAUCCAAACCUUCAAAAAGAAGUGCUGCCAAUUGAUUUGUUUUUGGACUCUACUAUUUGAUUUGAUGAUCAGUUCUUAAAUUUACGCUGAUUAUGUACCCAAAUGAAAUUAAAUAUGGAUAGGAAAGUCAAUGUGUUUUAAGUAUAUUUCAACAUAUUAAUGAAGGAAUUUCAUUUAUGUAUAAUGACAAACCUCAUUUUUCACACCUUUAAUAGAUUUAGGAAAUGUUCUUUAUGGUGUGCUGAUUACCAUUUUAAAGGAAAAAUAAACUCUCCAUAAUUAUAAUUCACACUGUUCAGUGAUGUGAGUUUUGUACUUGUGAUUUGAGUGGACCGUGCCUGAAAAUCACAAGGAUAAGGAUGCGAUUGGCCUUCUGUACCUACGGGCUCCACAUCCUCAGAUUCAACCAACCGCGGGGUAAAACCCCGUGGAGCAGAGGGCUGACUGUAGGUACUUGAGCAUCCACAGAUUUUGGUAUCCACGGGAUGUCCUGGAACCAGUCCCCUGCGGAUACCAAGGGACGACUGUAUUUGCACUAGGAGGCAAAAAAUGUCCCUGAAAAAUCUUAACAUACUUGAACCUCCAAAGUGUAAUGGAUUGUAUUGUAUUAAAUUCUAAAUGUUAAGAUGCAAAUGGAUUUAGAGUUUUAUCUUUCCUUUCUUCCUCCUUUUCUCAUUCGUUUUAACCUUCCUUCCUUUCUGAGAUGUCUCUUUAUAAUAUGACUUUUAAUGAGCUGACAGAUUUUCCUUGUUUUGUGUACACAGUUGUUUUUGAUGAUCAGUACACUCAACAGGAUCUAGUUCUGCCUACAAAUCCCACUACUUGAAUAGCAGCAUUGCACCUAAAGUAGUAAAAGAGAUUUUGCUAGACAGCUAAGCAACAUCUAAAUGUAAAUGUGAUGUAUGCUGGCUCAAUGUAUUGGAGGGCACUUCAGUAAAAUAAGUUUUUGUCAGUAUAGUGUUUUGGCAUAAAAAUUUCCCAAAACAGUGAUUGCUAAAAAAAAGCAAACAAAACAUUAAGAACCUUGAGACCUCUUUUUAUGAAAAGGAAUUCAUAAAUAAUAUGCAUCAUUGUCAAAGUUUUCAUUAGGAGAGGUGGGAACAAUAUAAGAGGGUUACAGGAGGCCUUCUAAAAUAUGAAUUCCCUCUGUGUAAGGUACUUCUUUCUAACGCAGUGACUUUUUCCUGCUCAGUGACCUGGAAGACCAGAUAGUAUCAUCCCCUGUCCCAACUCCUAGAGACUAGGCCCUGUGCACCAUCUCCCCCAGCAAAGCAGGCAUUAGCCCUGCCCCAUUCCCAACCCCACUGCAGUGGGAACAUGCCCUCACUUCUAAUUCCUUUCAUGUUGACCCUGGUUUUCCUAAAAUUUUAUUUCCAUUUUCAAAAGAUAUGUCCAUUGAAGUUGGUUGAAGCCUUGCUAUAAUUUUUAAUUUAUUAAUAAAGCAAGAAUAUUGGCAUGUUCCUCUUCUUAUUGAUAUCCUAAAAGACAUUUGUUUUUAACACUCUCCCUGGGGAGAAUAACUUUUUCCCUCUGAAAUUCUUUUCUUUUGUGGUUAUCUUGAUUUCAAGUCAUUUUGUAAAAGGAGAUUUUUACUGUACUUAGUGCAAAGGAGUAGCUUACUAUGGCAGACAUAUGUAGGGUAAAGUCAUAAUUUAUUAAUCUGACUGUACAACACUGUUUUGAGUUGAUAUUAUUGACCUAAAUCUUGUCAACCUAGGCACUUAGAGAUGUACAUCUCGAAAGAAUGCUGGCUGACAUCUUCCCUACUUAGUACAUCUAGUUGUAGGGGAGAGACUGUGUAUUUAUUUUUUUUUUAAGUAAUCCAAUGGAUUUGUUUUUGUCCAUAUUUUGAAAACAACGUGAAGGAUUUUUCUCAUUUUAGAAGGUAGAGAACUUGUGGACCUGUCUUUUAAAUUCCUGUAAUCUAAUAUAUAUUUAUAAAUUAUAGCAUUGAAAAAAGAGCUCUAAUGAUGAUGUUACUUCUGGUAUUUAAUUUUUAUAAAAUGUUUUUGUAAGUAACUAAUUGUAGUAUUGCUUUUAGGUGAUUUAAAAAUCUUUCUCAAAUAAGUUCUGCCCAGAACAUAUUUCCUUAGGGCAAUAUUCUAAAGUUCAGUAGUCCAGUGUGAAUUUGAAAUACUCCUACAUCUCUUCAGUAUCUUUUUAUAUAUACCAGUACCCAAGCAAAGUAUACCAAAAGCCUAAUUUCUGUGUUGCAUUAAUAAAGUACUUGUUAUUUAUCUAAUUCAGUGGAUUACGUGAAAUAGAAGAUCAGUCUUUUCAAAUGUACAUCUGAUCAUAAUUUUUCAAAAUGUUCAUUUUUGGUGCAUGAUGCCAAAUUUAUCUUUAAUCGUCCAUUAUGACCUGAUAUGUAAUGACAAAUGUUUUCCUAUCUGACCAAUGGGUUGUAGAUUUACUAUUUUUCUCUGCAGAUUCUCACUACAUUUUCAAAUAUAUAUUUGGAAAAAGCUGCAAAGUGCUACCUAUAAGUAAGUUAGCAUCUUUGGCCUUAUCUAUGCAUAAUGUUCUCUCAGUUUGGUUUUGACAAACUCAUGGAUUUGCAAUUGCUUUGUAGUAUUUUUAACUUAUUGUGAUGUAAUGAAUUUUUGGAAUGUUUACUUGAUUAGCUGUUAAAAUAUAGGAAAUUAUGUAGCUUUGCAUGAAAUAAAGUACAUUUAUAUAAGUUA